UCUAAUGUUUUCGUAUAAAAUUUCAGCGCAUGCUAAAGCGUAUUGAAAGUGACAAGUGUAGGUUUUGUCUGAAACUGAAGUUUAAAAAAGUGCCUUAGAUUGUAACAAUUUAUGCUUAUGCUCAUAAACGACAUUACUGUUGUUAAUAUUUAGUAUCACUUAAAAAUUCAAAUUCUGUGGAAACCUCGAAGUUUUUUGGCAUAUCAUAAUGUCUCACUUUUGUUUUAAAUUGAAGAAUCAUGCUUCAAGUACAUUAAAUGUACUUGAAAACCUUAGAUCAAUGGAGAACUUUGUUGAUGUUACUCUAGCUUGUGAAGGACAAUUAAUUAAAGCCCAUAAAGUCAUUCUUUCUGCAGGAAGUAAGUUUUUCCAUAACUUAUUUACAACAAAUCCAUGCAAACAUCCUAUCAUUGUAAUGCACAAUGUAAAAUACAGCAUUCUUAAAGAUAUCAUCGACUUCAUGUACAAAGGGGAAAUUUAUGUAACCUAUGACCAAUUAGAAGAUGUUCUGAAAACGACCAAGACGUUAGAUGUGAAAGGUCUUGUAGAAAUUAUUCAAGAUGUAGGUUUUCAAGAGACUCACAAUCCAUUUACUGCUUUGAGUUCUACAACUGGAUCUAUGGCAUCAAGACAGAAAAGAAUAUGCGUGCAAAAUAAAGUGUCUGAUUCUGCAUCAGUUGAUAAUGAAAUUGUUUCCAAUGUUAAAGAAGUACCACAUUUGGUAAGUGGUGAACCAACUGUGAGCCAAACAAGUGCAUCAGCAAACAUUAGUAAUUCAAAUACUUUAUUACCAAGUGGUGUUAUAAUUCUGCCUAGAACUACAAAAAGGCUUGUAAAUUCUCCACUAAAAUCAGUUUCUGUGCCGUUGUCUGAAAUUUCUAUACCAGAACUUGAAGUCGAUCCAGUUCCUGAUCAUGACUAUAAUGGAAGAUCAUUCAGGAUAGUGCAGAUGAACUCAGCAUCUGAACAGUCUGAAAUAUCUAAACCUUCUGCCAAAUCAACUGAACCACUGAUACAUAAUAUUACAAGUUCAGAUUUAGUUCCUGUGCCUAUAAUUCCUUCAAACCCCUUAACUUCAGUAGUUAUCUUAGACCAAAAUGCUUCAGAUAGCCAUUUUCCAACAUGCAGUUCACCUUCUGCGAAAACUCUCCAUCGUUUGAUGAGAGCUAGGAUUAGUGGUGAAAACGAAAAAAUUAAAAGGAUAAGACGACGUUGUGUGGGUUGUUAUAGACGUCUCCGUGUGGAUCAGUCCUCAGCUGAAGCACAGAGGUUAGCAAGAAGAGUAACUACGUAUUGUGACGACUGCCCAAAAAAACCUUUUUAUUGUCUAAACUGCUUCUUUGAUAAUCAUUAAUCUUACUACUCUUUUAACUUUUGACAAUUUCUUAUUAAGUAAAUUCUAAGCGGAAUACACAAGUUUCAGCUUCAGAAAUUUUAUGCAUUAACAGAAAAUGACACUGUAAAUUUAAUAUUGAAUUCUGUAGUUAUGUAAAGUUAUAAAAAUUGUGCUAAAAUUUAGCACAAUUUUUUAUGCUUCUGUCUACAAUCUACUUCACAAAUAUUUUACCAAAAAAAAAAUUAAUUUUUAUAAAAUUUAAUUUUUUUUAUUUGGUAAAAUUUUUGUGAAGUAGAUUUAGAGAUCAAAGUAGAUAUAAUUCUGUAGCAGCAUGUUGUUGUGCAUUGAAGAAAAACAUGGAACUUAGUGAGACAUCAGCUGCUCCCUGUGCUGGCAGAAAUGCAAGCCAUGCUGCUCCAUCCUAGAUAUCAGUCUUUAUUUAUGAAUCUAGUGUUGCUCUCAGCAGCAUUUUGGAGGGAUUCAGUAAAGCAUAAAUCCAGAAGUCUCUAAAGCUCUGUCACUAAGCCAUUACCAAUCAGAAGCCUCCAAAGCUUUAUCACCGAGCCAUUAUCACCCAGAAACCUCCAAGCCUUCAAAGCUUCUGAAGCGAAGCCCUGGAGGCUUCUGGGUGCUAAUGGUUAGUGAGCAAUGCACUGUGUUGAAUGACUUGGUAAGUAAUGCACUCUGUUGAAUGAAACAGAGCACCUUCUUCGCAAUGCAUAAAAGAGUCUUUAGGCUGGUGCAGGAUGUAAUAAUCUUUUUUAACAGCUUAAAUACUAUUUUCAUGAGGAAAUAUUAUGCUUCAUUUGUAUUUGUUGACAUUAAUGUUAUUUAAACUAGGCUGAUAGAGUUGCCAUCAUCACUAAACCAUUUCCAUGUAAAAACAUGCAUAUAGACAUGUUUUCCAUUCCAUCACAGGCAAAAAUGUUAUUUAGCACAACCGAGACAAGUUGUUGCCAGUUUAAAUGAAUUCACUCAAUAACAUGGUUCUUUAGAAUCACAUAAUCUAAAUGAUUUAAGAACAGUGUUGGUUCUAUAGCUCCUGCUGAAUAAGUAAACAGCGUUUAUUUGGCACCAUGAUAGCUGAUUUAUUUGUUUCAAUAAGAGCUUUUAGUAAGAAAUGUAUUUUAUCCUUGGCACAAUUAAUUUGUUAUAUAAACCAGAGAUUGCUGUUUAUUAGCAUUAAGGAAGUUCUUUAGAUUGUUUUUCUAUUCUAUUUUUUUUUCAUUCCUGUUAAAUUUAAUUAUAUUAUUGAUGUAGAACUUUUUUUAAGGGGGGCGGAACUUUCCAGAUUUUAAAAUAUUACCAGUUUUUGCCAGAAAAUUGGUAUAACUGAUACUGUUAUUUUUGAAGUUAUAGAAUCAAUAGUAUUGACUCUUUCAUUUCAGAAAAAAUAGUGUCUUUUUUUUUGUUUUUUGUUUGUUUGUUUUGUUCACAUAAAGCUGAAGUUUGGCAAACUUUUCUUAUUAGUAAGACAUGGUAUUUGCCCUGUAUAGUUAUGAUUACUGACAAGCAGUAUUAGGAGGAGAAAACUUGCAUGUCAUUGGGCAACAUUUUGCCUCAUGUGUAUCAGGCUUUAAUAAAGAUAUAUUGCAUGAGAAAGCUUUUCAUGCCGUUUUUAAUAUGCCAUGCUUUUUAACAGAUCAUGUAGGUCCAUGUUCUCAGGAUCUUGGUAUCACACUCGUUUUUGUGUCAACUCUGUAUAGCUGAAAACAUGGUACAUUUUGCAUGCAUUGAGCUACUUUUCAUAAUUUUGGUACUGAAGAUAGGGAGCAUAAUCCAAUAACCCAUAAUCCACAAUGGCAUGGCAAUAGCACAUUAUUUAUUUUAGGAUCUAUAUCAUGUACCAUACCAUCUACUCAUAUUUCAAGACAACAGCAUUGAGUUAAAUAUGAUCUCCACUGCCUUGAUCAGUUUGUACUGUCUUGGAUAAUCUGUGUGGAUCUCAGUCAUCAUUGUACAGGGAAACACUGUUUGGUAUGUGAAAAGUAGUAUAUUCAUCAGUGGUAUAUUUGUUACAGAUCCUUUAUUGAUUGGUUGCUCCUGAAUAUCAUCGGUUCUUGACCUUUAAACUGAACCAUAUGUCUUGUAUUGAUAAUGCACUUUUGAAAAGUUCAUAUGUUUGCCCUAUAUAUAGCUUAUGUGAUAUAUGGAUAUGUUCCAUUUUACUUGAAGGGAAGGAAGACAUUGUAUAUUUUUCGUUUGUUUCAUUUCAAAUAUUUUAAUUACAGAGUGUAGUUUUAGACUGUGACUGAAUGCAAGUGUUUGAUGAUAUGUGUACAAAUGCAUAAUCUCUAAAAUUUUCCAUCAGUGAUUUUUGUUUAUGAAAGAAAGCAUUAUAUAUAUUUUUUCCAUCAUUAUAAAAGGCCCAAAAUAAUAUUGAGUAUACUUAAUUAGUCAAAGAAAAGGCUUAAAGUAUUUGAAUAUUUUAUGUUUAUUUUAUUACUAACCUGUUUCAUUUAUUUUCUUUCUGUGUGUUAUUUGAGAAGUAUAUUUGUGAGGGAUUCUCUCGGAUAUAUACAUAGUAUUCUGCUCAUUUAAGAGUUAUAAAUCGUUACUUCCCCUUCAAAAAAUUAAAUAAUAUGUGUGCUUUCAUUUAUGUUUCUCUAAAUAUCCACUUGUCUUUUUGUGUGUGUGUGUCUUGUAAAUAAUGUCAUAUAUCAUAACUUGAGAAAGCUCAGAAAAUCAGUAUUUAUAUAAUAUUCAUUAAUAUAGUUUCCUGAAGUAAUUUAGAUCACUAUUUAGAGAACUAAGACUAAAAAUGAAAAAAUAUGAAAGUUUUUAAGUUUCAUAAAAUCACAAGGAUACUUUGAGAAACAAAUAUUGAUCAAUUCAAUUCCUCAAAGACAAGGGAAUCCAACCUUCCAGAGUUCUUGUGUAUUUGAAGUGACAGAAAUGUUCUAAUGGCUGCAUACAGAAUUUGAUGUUUAAUGAUCACAUAAGACCUAUACUGCUGUAAUGUCUAAUAAAGUUGCAUUUGUUUCUUAAUCCAAAAUAUAUGCAAAGAAAUUCAAAAUUAAGGGAAUAAAAUUUAAAGAAUGGUAGAAUAUGCCAAAAUAAAUACUUUUCACCGUAGAAUGCAGACACAUUUUAAGUCGUUAGGUGCUAGAAGAUGCUUGUGCUUUCCAUUUCCCCCACAUGCACUGCAAAAGGUAAUGCAAAAUAGAUAAUGAUGUCUACCUCCUCCUUCUUCAUUGAUCCUUUCUGUCACUCAUUAUGGUGCAUGAAUUGUGAAUCUUAUGAUUUAGCUGUGAAUAUCAUUCAGAAUGUAAUGUGUCUGACUUAUGGAAAAUGAUGUCAUUGAAGAUGCAAGAUGUAAUCAAAUAUGUAAUUUUCUUCCGAGAGAAUGACAAAGGAGAGGGCCGAAAAGUGAGGCUGUUGUAUCUUAGCCAUCCACUCUGAUCAGUACAGUGGUUAAUGAUGCUAGAUGCCAUAUUGUUGGUCCCAGGCUUGAAUCCCAGAGAAGGUGUAGAUGCUUCAAGUUUCUGGUAAGUUACCCAUUAAUCAACACUCCAAAAUGAAAAGAAACAUAAUUUAUUUUCUCCAUUAAAAAAGCAAAACAAACAUUACACCAAAUACAUUUUUGACAUUUUUAUUGUUACUAAAAUAUGUCAGUUCUUAAAAAUUAAACUUUUACAAUAUUUUCAGUGUUACCAGAUUUUGCAUCUAAUACAUUAACAUCGUAAACAUACACCAUCCUUCCCAGUGUUUGAUUAGUGGGUUUCUAAUCAGAACUAAAAUCAAUUUAAGUUCACCAUUAACAGAGCUCUUUACUUCAUAUAUCUGGAAGGAGGUAUAAUUCUCAUUCUACUUUUAGUUAUCAUAAUUUAAUUUCUAAGAGAAUCUGGGGCUAACUUUUCAAGACUAUUUUGGUUUUUUGCAAGUUCAUUGUUUGUAGAUUCAGCUGGCAGUAUUUCAAGUAAAAAAAAAUAAGUCUUUUGGGGUAAAUUUAACUAUCUCGCUAUAAAUUGUUUUGACAUGCACAACUCUAAUUUCACCAUUUUUCUCUAGACAGAUCUGAACUAGUCUUGCCAUAGAUUAAAAUUUUCUUUAAUGUCUUGAAGUUUUCGUACCUUAGAUUGUCUUUGUAAUGGUUGACUGAGAUACUCAUUUCUAAAUCUUUCCCUCAAAGCAUCUCUCAGUUAUUGCUUUUAUUCAAAUUUAUGCAUUCAAGAUGAUCUAAAUCUGGUACAUUCACUUAAAAAAUCUCACGCAUAAAUAUUGCAGGUGUCAGAGUGUUAAACUCGUUUGAGUUCUCAGAUAUAUAUAUUGUGUGGUCGUGAGUUUUUCGUACCUUCACAGUUGCAAAAAAUACUAAUCAGUUUUCUAUAAGCCAGUGAUGGUAAUCUGAAGACUCUGCAUGUAAGCUCUUUAACCAUUUGAAUCAUUCUUUCCCCAAAUCAUCCCCACAAGGGGCUGCAGGGGGUAAAAAUAUUGGCAGGAUGAAGGUCCUCUCAAGUGGUUUAAUUAUAAGAGAAGAGGGAUAGUAGUGUCUAGAAUCCAUUUCUCGAGGUGUCCUACAUAAAAAUUAUGACAGAGCUGCAUGAUUAGUAUGGUGGAACUGUACCUGUAUUACCAAUAGUGAAACUCUGGUGUCUGCCUAUUUCUAUCUGUAUGUUUACUUGCAUGCACAGAUUACAUUAUUAACAUGCUGUACAUACAGCAAAAUCACAUUCUGCAUAGUUUAUUAUCUAUGAAGAAACAGUUCAAAUAUAGUUCAAUUAACGAAAGUAUGUACAAUUUAUAUAAACUUAAAUAUAUAGCAGUUAAAAGGGGGAAAUGAAACAAAUGUUAAUCGAAAGGAUUUUUGUUACUGCUUAGUAAGUAAAUACAGUGUGCUUUUAUUUUUUUAAAUAGCUAGUGAUUUUUGCUUGGGACAAUAUUUGAUGAAACUCAUUAAAUGUUUUGUGGUAAAGGAGUAGAAAGUUUUCAAUACCUUUCAUGAAGUGUCCUCUUCUUUCUUCAGUUUAAUCAAUCUCCAUUUUGAAAUCAGAUGGCUCCUGUGCCUUUUAAAACAAUUUUUAUGUAAUAAAGGCUCCUUAUGUUUGUCACUAUUGCUGCUUUCACCAUCAGCUAGUAUUAUAUGAUCAUUUAAUUCUUUAUUUGUCAUUUCACAGUUGUCAUUCUUAACUAAUUCAUUGAUUUCUUCUUCCAUAUCUGAAUAUCCUCUGCUGCCUAUUGUUUUUGCAAUUUUCCUUGGUUUCAUUUUCAGUUGAUGGAAAUCCUUUAAAACUGUUAACAAUUUCUCCAGCAGUGAUGCUAUCAAGCAUUCAUUAUUGAUGAAUUCACUUGUUCCCAUGCAACUGUAAUCACUUUUAUACUUUUAUACAGUGUUGUAUGUUAAAUUGUUUCCAAAAUGUCAUUAGUGUGUCGUUCUUUCCUUGUCUAGAGCUUUAUUUGCAGAGAUAUAAACAUGCCAUACAUAAUAGACUUUGAAUGUUUUAAUGAUUAAUUUGUUCCAGUGGUAGGAUUAAGGAAGUAGUAUUUGGUGGAAGGAAUAAAAUCUCAGCAUUUUGAUUCAUGUUGUGAGGGUUCGAUACUGUGUCCUGCAAUAUUAUCGAGAAUUAGAACUUUAAAGCUCAGAUUUUGCUGUUCUUAAUAAUAUUUGACAUCUUUAAUUAAUGAAUUUUCAAACCAGUCAUUAAAGAGUACUAUCGCAGUGUGGCUGACGCUGUGUAGCAUACUGCAUAUAAUUGAAAUUCUCCCGUUGGACAAAUUAAAAGUAGGCAAACAAUGCACAUAUGCAAAAUUAUAUUCUGUACAGUAAAGUACUUUGUUUAAAUAUUUUAUUUUCAUCUCUUUUUUCUGUAUCAUAUGAGAGCAUUUUCAUGAAAACAAGCUGAAAUACAGCACUAAAAGUUAAAUUCAAUGAGAUCAUAAAGAAUCAUGAAAAAAUUUUAAUUUCCUACAAUCUACCAACACUAGUAAACAGCAUAUAUAAGAUAGUUAAGAAAACAAGUGAAAACUAGCUAGUCCUUCUUAGCAUAGAACUGGCGCGAUCUGAGCUUCUCUCAUCCCCACAAAAUCCCAACUGUUCUGCAGCUUUAGAGUGUUAAACUGAUAUUCCUUUUAAUGAUUUUGAAUGUCAGGUAGAAAUAUAUUUGAAAGUAUUAAUGCGUGAAAUGUUAGGAGAUGAGCAUAGACCUUCUAGUCCAUUGAUGGCACACAACUGACGAGGAAAUUCUAAGGCAAAAAACAAGUAAAUAAAUAAAAGCAAUGUGAAUGGAAAGAAAAAUAUAAAUUACUGUAUAUAUAAAAUGAUGUACCUGUUGUAAUUUAAAACCUGUAUAUUUUGAUGCAUCAGUUCUUCCUUAACAUGACAGUAACAGAACAACAAAUGAUUUUAUCGCUUCACUUUUAAAAAGUAUUGAAAUUCUUGUGCAGAAUAUCAUCAAGCAUCACAUUUUAAUUAGGGAAUGGACGAGGACAAAUUAAAGAAAGUGUCUGGGAUGAAAAUGAGUUUUUUCUAGGCCAAAUUGGAGGCAUGAUGUCCAUUCCAUGGCAUGAACUAUCAAUACUACAGUGUAAUUAGUGUUUUCUUGAAAUCUUGAAUUGCAUUUUCAAAAUCAUCAAAUGAAGUGAAUGGAUUUCCUUUAACAAGAUUCCUGGAAUUUCAAUCUUAAUGUCAAAUUUUGCGAUUUUUUGAAACAUUGCUCAUUGAAGAUGCAUUUUCAGUUUACUUCAGUUAACAGUCAUAUCUAUUUCAGAAUUGCUUAACUAAUUCUCAAGUUCAGAUUUACUAGGACUCACCAUUUCUCUUAGUUUUUGCUUAUACAAUAAACUUAGAGUUGGAUGUACAUGUGGAUAUGUGUCCAGAUGAAAGUAAUUGUACUUAAAUAUAUUCAAAUAAUUGUAAGUUGAAUCUGUUUUUCUUAUAAUAACAUAACUUCAUUUUGUGAUACUUUUUCUUUAACUUCAAACUAAAAGCAAAGUCAAUAAGGAAAAAGUACAUUUCUAUAUUUUUAAUUAAAAUUGCAUUGAUGUUAGUUUUACUGUUAGGAUAUAAUAGUAAUAUUGUAUUAUAUUUAUGCUUCCUAUGUUUUUGUAAAUAGUAUGAACUGGCAGGCCAGUCAUUGGAUAUCAUUUUCCAUUGUAAAUAGACUAAAUUUCAUGCAAUAAACAAUAUUGUUUUGUAUUGUGGGCUUUGAUAGUCAAAACAGA